GUGCCGUGGUCGCCAGCAGGAGUACAACUAACAACACAGUAACAACUUCGCUAAUACCACUCUGUCUUCAUUGGCGUCUGGAGCUGCGCUUUGUGGUUCUUUUCAGGGCAGAAAAACUAUAUAGUCGGCAUGCUGUAGCUCUACAGAGAGGCAUUUGGGGACCAGUUUGGAUCCAUUGGUGUUCCAGAGGUUCCAGUCAUCCUCCAGCCUCCACCAUGGACUUCUUUAAUGACCCCAGCCUCUUUGGUGGAGGUUUGGAAGGGCUGGAUGACGAUGGCUUCGCUUCAGCACCAUCACUCGUGGAUGAGCUAAAUCUUACUGCUGACUUUGAACCGCUCCAAGUGGAGCCUCUUGGCCCUGGGAAGCAUCAAGACAUGAUGCCACCAGCUUCUACCCAACAAGCUAUGCCUAGUUACAGCCAGUCAAUGGGUCAUUACAUUGACAUUAAGGCCAAUGUGGCUCAGGCAUUUUCUGGUUCUCAGGGCAUAAGUGAGGGCAUGAUUACAGAGCAACAUGGCUCAUACCAUAAUGCUCCCAUGAGUCAAGUUCCUCAAUCCAAUGGGCUCUUCUGUAACAGUGGCAGUCCGAUGUGGGGUAACCAAGACCAGAAUGGGAACAUGUACCAGGCCUUACCUCAACAGCAGCUUUGUCAUCAACAGCAACAACUACAAAGCCAGCAACUUCAUGGCAGACAUCAAACACAGCACCAUCCCUGUUAUCAGCAAGAGGAGCAGCAGCACAGAAUGCGACAGCAGCAGCUGCAACAACAGCAAAGUCAUCAGCAACAGCUGUUAAACCAGCACCAACAAAUUAACACACAGACUGUGUCCCUGCAGCAGCAGCAUCACAAUUUCCCGUUUCACCAGGGAGGCCAGUCCAGCAGCCAACAGCAAAUUCACCACACUCAGCAGCAGGUUCAGCGCCAACUAACUGUGAGAGAGCAGCAGUUCCACUCAAGAGCUCUUCCAAAUAAGCAUUAUUUGGAAAGUCCGAAUGCUUCUAUGACUGCAACUUGCUUGCAAACACAGCCACAGCAAGGUAACUACCAGUUGGUCAGGGAAUGUCAAGCUUUCCCUGGAACAGGACUGGAAGAAUCUAACCUGUCCUUUCCCAUGCAUUCAUCAUCUAUGGUUCAUUCCCUGCCCACAUGCUCUGUCAGUUCUGCCAGAGCUUAUCAACCGACUCAGUACCCUACUUAUCCUGGGGAGCCAGAAUUACCCAGUCUCAAUGAGCAAUCUUUGUCCUCAGCCUCGGUGUCUAGGCCCAGCAACACCACUGCACCACUCACUUCUACAAUACCUGAACUUACAGGGACACCAUGCCAGUUUUCAUCCACUGCACAUUUGAGUCAGCAGCACACUAGGACCCCAAUUAGCCAGGCAGAGGAAUGUCCUUUCCGUGCUAUACGUUGCUCCGGAGAAACCCAGGGAAACUGCAAGUCAUCUGAGAUGUUUGGUGAAUCUAUGCGAUCCUACCCCAACAUUACCACCCACCUGCCUUCUGAGCAGCCUCAGAGUUGCAGGGUUAUCAACACUAAUGGAUACCAAGCCUUGGGAGACAGCCUUUUACCAUCAGCAGCUCAUGAUGAAGACUUGGAUGGCCUGGAGCCUCCCGACCUCCUGCCUGACCUACUGCCCCAGCUUGAGCAUGCUUUUAAGCAAGAGGACAAAUCUAACUGUGGCUGGACUGAUACUACUCAGGAGAUGGGAAUUGAGUACAGGAAACCAUCACCCAUUGAGUACAGUGAAGAUAAGCCUCGAAAGAACGCUAAUGGUCCCGGAAGCCAGAUACGGGUCCUCAGUCCCCCAAUGAAGAGCAGCUCAUCUUCGUCAUCAUCCUCUUCAUCUUCCUCUUCAUCUUCAUCCAGCUCCUCAUCAGAGAAGAGGGUUCCACGGAGGACACAUCAACAGAUGGAGUCAACUCCACAGGACAAGCAGGAGAAGGCCAAUAGGAUAAUAUCAGAGGCUAUUGCAAAGGCUCGGCAAAGAGGGGAGAAAAACAUCCCAAGGGUUAUGAGCCCAGAGAGCUUCCCCAGCUCUUCUUCGCAGUACAAAGCCCACCGUGAUCAUGAGCACAAAGGAAAUGGGAAGGCACGGUCCAAGGAGAAGGCCUGCAGGAAAGCUUGUAUUGUACCCUCGUCCAAGCCCAAGCAGAAGGCCAAGAUCGGGAAAAUUGUCAUCAAGAUUGGAAAGAAGAAAAGGCGAAAGCCCGAGUCUUCAGAGGAGUCGGAUGAUGACCCUCCCCCUCAACACACUUUGAAGGAUGAUGACUCUAAGAGGCGGUCUAAUCGACAGGUGAAGAGAAAGAAGUAUGCUGAAGAGCUGGAGACCAGGUUGUCAGAUGAUGAAGUCAAGGUUAUUGUCAAAACCAAGAAAACCAAUACUGCAGCAUCCAGGGAACCCGCUGUUCAGCUAUUUGUAGAGAAUCCCAGUGAAGAGGAUGCUGCUGUUGUUGACAAAAUCAUGUCUUCUCGUAUUGCUAAGAAGGAGGUCUCUCCAGGAGUGGUCAUUGAGGUGGAAGAGUUUUUUGUAAAAUACAAAAACUACUCCUACCUACACUGUGAGUGGGCCACAGAACAGCAGCUGGAGAAGGACAAGAGGAUUCAGCAGAAGAUCAAACGCUUCAAGAUGAAACAGGCACAGAGGGCACUCUUCUUUGCAGAUAUGGAAGAGGACCCAUUUAACCCUGACUACGUAGAAGUAGAUAGAGUGCUGGAGGUGUCAUAUUGCGAGGACAAAGAUACAAGAGAGGAAGUGGUGUACUACCUGGUGAAGUGGUGCUCUCUGCCUUAUGAAGACAGCACCUGGGAGCUGAAGGACGAUGUAGAUCAGAGCAAGAUUGAGGAGUUUGAGCAGCUGCAGGCAGCCAAGCCAGACUCACGCAGGGUGGAGCGUCCUCCUGCCAAUCUGUGGAAGAAGAGGGAACAAUCGAGGCAAUACAGGAAUGGCAACAGCCUCAGGGACUACCAGCUAGAAGGAGUCAACUGGCUUCUUUUCAACUGGUACAACAGACGGAACUGCAUCCUGGCAGAUGAGAUGGGCCUAGGGAAAACAAUACAGUCCAUCACUUUCCUAGAAGAAAUCCAUCGCGUUGGAAUCAAAGGGCCCUUUCUCAUAAUUGCCCCACUCUCCACCAUCGCCAAUUGGGAGCGGGAGUUCCGUACCUGGACCCACCUCAAUGUCAUCGUUUACCACGGAAGCAUGGUCAGCAGGCAGAUGCUCCAGCAGUAUGAGAUGUAUUUCAGGGAUGCACAGGGUCGUAUCAUACGUGGUGCCUACAGGUUUCAGGCUGUUAUUACCACAUUUGAGAUGAUUCUUGGAGGCUGUCCCGAACUCAAUGCCAUAGAGUGGCGCUGCGUUAUUAUUGAUGAGGCCCAUCGUCUCAAGAACAAGAACUGCAAGCUGCUAGAGGGAUUCAAGCUCAUGAACCUGGAACACAAGGUCCUGCUGACAGGUACUCCUCUCCAGAAUACAGUGGAAGAGCUCUUCAGCCUGCUUCACUUUCUGGAACCGGCACGCUUCCCUUCUGAAAACACCUUCAUGCAGGAGUUUGGAGACCUUAAGACUGAAGAGCAGGUGCAAAAGCUUCAGGGUAUCCUGAAGCCUAUGAUGCUGCGUCGUUUGAAGGAAGAUGUGGAGAAGAAGUUGGCUCCGAAAGAGGAAACCAUCAUUGAAGUUGAGCUCACCAACAUUCAGAAGAAGUACUACCGUGCCAUCCUAGAGAAGAAUUUUUCUUUCCUGGCUAAAGGAGCUGGCCAGGCAAAUAUGCCCAACCUGGUCAACACUAUGAUGGAGCUAAGAAAGUGUUGCAACCACCCCUACCUAAUCAAAGGAGCAGAGGAAAAGAUCCUAGAAGACUUCAGGGAAGUGCACAGCCCUACUGCCCUAGACUUUCACCUGCAGGCUAUGGUGCAGUCUGCUGGGAAGCUCGUCCUCAUUGACAAAUUGCUGCCUAAAAUGAAGGCAGGAGGGCACAAGGUGCUCAUCUUCUCCCAAAUGGUGCGCUGUCUGGACAUCUUGGAAGACUACCUCAUUCAGAGAAGGUAUCUGUACGAGCGUAUUGAUGGACGGGUUCGUGGAAAUCUGCGACAGGCGGCCAUCGACCGCUUCAGUAAGCCUGACUCAGAUCGCUUUGUUUUCCUUCUGUGCACAAGAGCUGGUGGGCUGGGAAUCAACCUCACAGCAGCAGACACCUGCAUCAUCUUCGACUCUGACUGGAACCCACAAAACGACCUGCAGGCCCAGGCUCGCUGCCAUCGCAUCGGUCAGAACAAGGCAGUGAAGGUGUACCGUUUGAUCACCAGGAACUCAUAUGAGCGAGAAAUGUUUGAUCGCGCCAGCCUCAAGUUGGGUUUGGAUAAAGCAGUGUUGCAGAGCAUGAGUGGCCGAGAUAACAGCCUGGGAGGAGGCACUGGCGGAGGGGCUGUGCAGCAGCAGCUGUCCAAAAAGGAGAUUGAAGAUCUGUUGCGACGUGGGGCCUACGGGGCAAUCAUGGAUGAGGAGGAUGAAGGGGCCAAAUUCUGUGAGGAGGACAUUGACCAGAUCCUGCAGCGCAGGACAAAGACCAUUACCAUUGAGUCUGAGGGGCGAGGAUCCACUUUUGCCAAGGCCAGUUUUGUAGCAUCUGGAAACCGUACAGACAUCUCCCUGGAUGACCCUAAUUUCUGGGACAAGUGGGCCAAAAAGGCUGACAUUGAUAUGGAUAUGGUCAACGGCAGAAACAGCCUGGUCAUUGACACUCCUCGUGUCAGAAAGCAGACAAGGCCCUUUAGUGCCACCAAGGAUGAGCUAGCAGAGCUUUCAGAGGGCGAGAGUGACGGUGAUGAGACCAAACCUAAGCUCAGACGAAACUACGAUCGCCUGAACAGCUAUGGCCGCACAGAGUGCUUCAGAGUAGAGAAGAACUUGCUUGUAUAUGGAUGGGGUCGUUGGAAGGAUAUCCUCAACCAUGGCCGUUUUAAGAAGCAGUUGACUGAGUGGGAUGUGGAGUCCAUCUGCAGGGCCUUGUUGGCCUACUGCCUGGUCCAUUAUCGUGGAGAUGACAAAAUCAAAAGCUUCAUGUGGGACCUCAUCGCCCCUACUGAGGAUGGACGCACAAAGGAGUUGCAGAAUCACCUAGGCUUGUCUGCCCCAGUUCCUCGGGGGCGAAAGGGUAAAAAGAUGAAGACCCAGUCUAGUUCUUUUGACAUCCACAAGGCUGAGUGGCUCAGGAAGCACAACCCUGAGCAUAUGCUUCAGGACGAUGGCUAUAAGAAGCACCUGAAACACCACUGCAACAAGGUGCUGCUCAGGGUCAGAAUGCUCUACUACCUGAAACAAGAGGUGAUAGGAAGCCAGGCCCAGAAGGUGCUAGAUGGUGUGGACUCCAGUGAAGUAAAGAUCUGGGUUCCAGAGCCUGACAAUUCAGAGCUUCCAACCCUGUGGUGGGAUGCAAUCUCUGACAAGUGUCUUCUGCUGGGUGUCUUUAAGCAUGGUUAUGAGAAGUACAACACUAUUCGUGGAGACCCUACCCUGUGUUUCCUAGAGCGUGUGGGAAAACCAGAUGAGAAGGCCAUCGCUGCUGAACAGAGAAACAAUGAUUUCAUGGAUGGGGAUGUGGAUGAUCCAGAAUACAAGCCUGCUCCAGCACUGUUAAAGGACGACAUGGAGGACGACGCCUCUUCUCCUGGAGACUUGGUUAUCACUGACAGUGCUGGAGAUCCUGUUCCAGUGACAGAAAGUGAAAGUGCCUACUGGCCCUCCCCCUCAGUGCUGACAGCCAGGCUGAGACGUCUGAUAACAGCUUCUCAGCGCUACACCAAGAGCCGCCAGAUCCUACACAUCCACCAGACUCAGUCUCAGUCCUCCCAGCAGACUAUGGUGCUGUCUGCUCCACUUUGCCCGCUACCCCCCACACUCAACGACACCCUCAACCCCAAGAUGGCUGCUAAGAUUGAACGGCAACAAAGAUGGACCAGACGAGAAGAGGCUGACUUUUAUCGUGUUGUCUCCACUUUUGGUGUCGUUUUUGACCCAAACCUCGGGCGGUUUGAUUGGACCAAGUUCAGGGCUAUGGCUCGGCUGCACAAGAAGACUGAUGAGAGCCUGCAGAAAUACCUUUGUGCUUUUACUGCCAUGUGCCGACGUGUGUGCCGCCUGCCACCUAAAGAAGGAGACUCUGCAGUGGACCCGUCUCUAAACAUCCAGCCCAUUACAGAAGAGCGAGCAUCUCGUACCCUGUACAGAAUAGAGCUGCUUCGGCAGGUGAGAGAACAAGUCCUUCGACAUCAAUUACUGUACGAGCGUCUGCCACUGUGUCAGAUGAGCUCUGACUUACCUGUUUGGUGGGAGGCUGGUACUCAUGACCGUGACCUGCUAAUUGGUGCUGCAAAGCAUGGUGUAAGUCGCACUGAUUACCACAUUCUGAGAGACCCUGAACUCAGCUUCAUGGCUGCCCAACGCAACUACAGCCAAACAAAAGCUGCACAGCAGCAGUCACGUACAUCCACACCGCUCUUACACCCUCAGUACCAAGCUACCACCUCAGCGUUGACAGGCUCUCCACUGCCUCCACCCACUCAAAGAGACACAGACCUAUGUGGGGUCACGCCCAAAGUGGAACCAAUUUCAGAGAGUGAGGAGAGCAAGGAAAGACAGGGAGCGAGUUGGACCCCGACUCAAGCACCAGCUACUCCCACAGGUCUGGAAGAGAAGCCUGUUUCAGUAACCAGGGACAAUGAACGGCAGAUGGUGGCAGCACGAACGAAACCCCUCACACCCAACUCCUCAGAGAGGAAACCGAAGAAGACCAAGAGGAGUCGCAGGGAAGCCAGGCAUGGCUCAGAGUCCGACUCAGAUGGCUCCUCCUCAAGUUCGUCGUCACGCUCUUCUUCCUCUUCAUCGUCAUCCUCAUCUUCCUCAUCACAUUCAGGGUCCAGCUCCUCCUCCUCUUCUUCAUCUUGCUCUUCUGGCUCUUCGUCAUCAUCAUCCUCCUCCUCAUCUUCUUCUGAUGACAGUGAAAGUGAGGGAGAGGAAGGGAAAAAGAAGGUCCCCACUGCUACAAGUGUAAAGGGAUUUGAUGAGGACAGUGUGGCAUCUCUGAGCACAACGCAGGAUGAAACACAAGACACCCAUGUAGCUGAGAAUGGCAUCUCAAACAACUCUUCACACCCGUUCCAGGGUGGAGGGUACAUGCUGGCUGCAUCGUACUGGCCAAAGGAUCGCGUGAUUAUUAACCGCCUGGAUAGCAUUUGCCAGGCAGUGCUUAAAGGCAAAUGGCCGGGAACACGUCGGGUCUAUGAGCCUGGAGGCGCUGUGGCCUCCUUCUACACCACCAAGCUGCUGGACAACGCCAACAGCAUGUGCGAGGACCCCUCUGCUUCACCACAGGGGUCAAAGGUGACCAAGCAUGUUGCAGAAAACAAGGAGUUCUCAGUAAAACUCAACGAUGAGGGAGGUCUGAAGUUGACCUUCCAGAAACAGGGUCUACCUCUGAAGAGGCCCCUGGAGUCCGAGGAAGGUCCCCAGGCCCAGCAGCAGUACCUGGCUCGGCUUCAUGAGCUCCAGAGUGCCUCAGACACCGGACUUGCUGACAUCACCAAACCUCAGUGCAGCUUCCAGACGGUUCCUCCAGGUCUUACUGGUCAGAUGAGGCCAAAUGGAGUAAUAGAUGGCCAGCCAGUGGUUAAAAGGAGGAGAGGGAGGAGGAAGAACGUUGAGGGAAUGGACCUGCUCUUCAUGAAUAGGAGUAAAGUCCCAACAGUUCCCGAUCAGGUACCUCCAGGGUGGGGGGGUAUUGGCCAGGUGGGCAUGCCUCCAGCCCCUGCAUCAAGCUACAGUCAAAACUCCAGUCAGGUCCCUGCAGACACUGAGAGCAGGGUCCCGGUUAUCAACCUGAAAGAUGGCACCCGGCUGGCUGGGGAUGAUGCUCCCAGGAGGAAAGAACUGGAGCAGUGGCUAAAAGAAAACCCUGGCUUUGUGGCAGACACAGGAGCUUUUAUCUGUGGGGUAAAUAAGAUGCAAAUGCAGUUCCACUUCCAGGAUGGUCGGCCAAAGCAGAAAAGGCACCGCUGUAGAAACCCCAACAAGAUUGAUGUCAACAGCUUGACGGGAGAAGAAAGGGUCCAGAUCAUCAACAGGAGAAACGCACGCAAGAUUGGUGGAGCCUUUGCUCCUCCGCUGAAGGACCUAUGCCGAUUCCUUCAGGAAAACCCAGAGUACGGAGUCCCGCCUGAAUGGGCCGAUGUUGUUAAACAGUCGGGUUACCUCCCAGAGAGCAUGUUUGACAGGAUCCUGACUGGACCCAUUGUUCCCGAGGAGGUAAGUCGGCGUGGACGACGACCUAAGAAUCCUUUGGCCAAGGCGGCGGCAGCUGCAGCUGCAGCGGCAGGAGCACCACCUAACCCGGCAGCCUCGGCACUGGGUUUGAACCCACUGCUGGCAAACGGCCUCCUCUCUGGAAUGGACCUCACGAGUCUGCAGGCCUUCCAGCAAAACCUCCAGAAUUUACAGUCCCUGCAGCUCACUGCAGGCCUGAUGGGGCUGCCGUCUGAUGCUAGCAACCUGGCUGCAAGUAACUUGGCUGCCAUGUUUCCCAUGAUGCUGUCUGGUAUGGCUGGACUGCCAAACCUCCUUAGCAUGGGCAGCUUGCUUGGGAAGCCUGCUCAGGAAGCUGCAGGAGGCUCUGAAGAGAAAACAAAGGGAAUAACCAGCGGUGGAACAGGAGAGCCAUCUGCCUCUAAAGCCCCCUCUCACACCUCAGACACCAAAGGAGAAAGGACAGAGGGCUCAAACACGACUCCUUCCUCCACUUCCAGCUCUGCUUCCUCUUCCUCCGCCACACAAAGUGCUUCAGCUGCCUCUGCAGCCUCCAGUCAGCCACUGUCUCUUAACCCCUUGUUACUCUCCAGUAUGCUUUACCCAGGGAUGCUUCUCACUCCAGGCCUUAACCUUCCUGUGUCCACCACACAGCCACAGAGCUCAAACAGUGACCCCACCCUUCCAACUGGUCCUCCUCUACCUUCAGUUUCCCAGUCAUCACAUAAGGAGACAGAGCAGCCAGAGGGAGACAAGGAUGGAGAGGAGGAAGACGAGCCUUUGGAUGAGGGUGAGGGGGAGGAGGAGGAGGAGGAGGAAGAGGAUGAAUCCAUAGAACAAAAGGAUAACAGUGGUCCUGAAGGUUCAGGGAAAGCAGAGUCUUCUUCAGAGUCUGGGAGCUCUUCCUCAUCCUCAGACGAUUCAGACUCCAGUGAUGAGGACUGAUCCUACAAAUAUAUAAAUAUAAAUUUAUUUAUGUAUUGCCUAGAAAUGUAUACAUAUAUUCACAUAUAUAUAUGGAUUUUCCAGCACUUCUGUUGUGAUUUCUUUACAUGUAAAUACAAGAACUAACUACAAUGUUCUGUAAUAAAGACUACAAAAACCUUAAAAAAAGAAAUAAAAAAAUAGGAAAAACUGACCUAAAGAAACUGAAAUAAAAUGUCAAUGUUUGUUCACAAGGUACAGUCUUGUUUUGAGACAUUUUGCAUGUCAGACUUUAGUAGAUUUCUGAACUCUGAACUUGUACCAUGCAAUUAUUGCAACAAAAAAGGCAUUAUUGUAAUUAUGUCAGGAUUAAUUUUAUUAAAAGAAGUAAAACUACAUCAACACGCUCUUUGAGCUGUACUAUUAAUAUAUUUUGAUUGUCAGGGGUGUGGGGAAUGACACUUGACAAACACUUUGGGUUCUCUUGUAAAUAGUCAGUACUUUUACAGGUUCGUUGACACUUAUGCUUUGCAGAUCAUACGUUGGAUAUGUCAGCAAUAACUUGGGCAGCUAAUGAAUGUCACUGAAGCUGUAGAUUCUCUGUCUGCCAUGUUCCACCCGAGUGCACAACUCUCACAGCCUCACAAACCUGUCACAUACCUUCAUAUCAUCUUGAAGAGGUUAUUUAUCACUUCUCCUUGUCCAGUUAGGAAAUGAUUCCUUCCUUAGUAAGGACUUGGAAAAAUGGUAAAAGUAUUAUUUUUCCAGACAUACACAAUCUUAAAUCUGUCUUUCAAAAAAAAAAAGAAGUUGAACAUAAUUCAUUUCUCUACUGUCUGACUUUACAUUUUAAUUUUCACCAUCACCUUACAAACAUGCCACAGCAUGUUCAAGGCGCACUUUAGCCACCAACAGUAGGCAUUCACAUUCACCUGCACAUCUCUUAAUUAUAACUAAAAGCUCCUUGAGCUGCGGUAACAGAGAAAAACCUUCUACUGUGUGCCAAAAAACUGCCCUUUGACCCUUGGCGGUCUUGACGGAGUUGUUUGGUCUUUGUAGUGUUGAUGGAUAUUAUUUCUACAACCCCGGUGUAUUUGACUGAAUCUUACCUCAACUUUGCUAAAUGGAUUGGCUUCACUGUGCAAAUGUACAUGUGCAUGGGUGUGUGUGAUCUGUCAAUGUACACAAUGUUCUCAUCUCUGCUGGAAUGUGUGUCAGAGGCCUUUUUUAAUUUUAUUUUAAAUGAAACCUUCCUGUGUGUUUUGCUUCCUGAGCUGCUCCUCUCGCCGCAUCCAUAACUCACCAGGCUGUAUGUUAGGUGGUGGUGUGGGGGCUGACAGGCUAUGAGACGUAAACACCACAUUGCUGUUGUUUUUUUUGUUGUUUUGGUUUUUUAAUACCGUCAAACAUUUCUCUUUGGAAAUUUGGAGGAUUCAAGUCCUUGAUGAUACGCAUUGCGUUCCUACAAGGCCCAUGGGGCACAAGCACAAGAUAGUUCAGUUCCUGGCUAAGAUUGUAGUAUCACUGUCAUUGUCUAAGUAUUACAUUUUACGCAGUGCCACACGGGUUAGCUUCAGGAAGGGCUCAAUAAUAGCUUUUGUUGCUGGGAGUUUUUAGCGCUGUCUUGAUUUAUUUCACUUCACCCUCAACUCUGUUUUCUGACGAACAGAGCUUCAGAUAGAUGUAGAAGUGCCCUUAUCCUGUACCUCACUCUCUUUCAUUCAGCCGCUCACAUCUAUGCUCACUAUUCAUGCUUGUGUGCUUUGCUCAGCAUCCGUGCACAUGUCCAUUUUAAACCUGUAACCAGGAUAUACACACAAACACUGGAGUUCACUCGAACCGAAGUACCUUUUUGUAAGUCUCUCUUAGCACAACAGUGCUUGCUCUAGGACUGCUGUUACACAGUGGACUGUUAGAUACACAAAUUAUUUCCGAGGUGAGGUUUCUGUUUGGGCUGAGGGUGACAGCCCACUGAAAUAACUGUUUAGUUCUUAAGUGUAGCUGUAGCAUUUUUCUCCAGUGGGUUCAGACAUGAACAAAGACUGAAGACAUGCCUGAUUUCUAAUGUUGCUUUAAUGUGGUUUUCUUGUAUGCCUGUUAUAUAUAGACCUCGUCUUGGGUUUGCUUGCAAUGCAAUUGCAUUUUUUUUUUUAUUAUUAUUACUAACAGUACGGUAUUUUUCUAUGUCUGAGCAAUGAACUUAAACAUGCCACUGUCAUUUUGUAUAUCUGCACCUCUACGCUCUUUAAACUUGUAGUGCCCUUAUGCAAACACCCAGCCACUGCUACAUCUGCUGUAGGUGACUGACUGAUGACUUUUGCUACUUUUUGUUGCCCCGCAGCGAUGGAUUGAUGACUGUGCUAAUCCUCGUUAAGAGAUAAAUGUAGACACAAGA